AUGGGCUCGGAACUCGGCAUUACCGCGGAGUCGAAGGCUAAGCUCGACCUCUCGCCAGUGAGCAUCUGGUGGGCCGUCUGGGCUUGUGUCUGGACGACCGCAGUUGUCGCCGGUAUCGUGUAUCUCAUUAUCCAUCGGAAUAUGCCGAUCCUGCGAAUCCGUGGUCUCCCUUUAUCGCUCUCUGCCAUCGUUUUCCUUCAUCUAUACUGGACCCCCGUCCAAUUCGGAACCAUGAUAGGUAGCCUCAUGCCCGGCGAUACCCAGUUCUGGCUCAUGGGAACCUGGUUUCCCUGCGGCAUUGCCCUUUUUCACGCAUCUAACUCGCGUUUCCUUCACGUUGCGAAGCUUCAGAAGCGGUAUGCCCAGCACGGCUACCGUCUAAUGGAUUCUUCUCCCAAACUCAAACGCAAGAAUGGCUUGAUCAAUCGCUUCCACUCUCUUAAAUAUACUACCAAGAUUCUGAUCUUGGUGUUUCUCAGCGUCCUGACAUAUCUUAUUUCUCGCAAAUGGCAUAGCUCCUGGGGUAUACCGGGCACGGAGGUCCACGGGGCUAAAAUGGCACAAUUGGCUGCCGAGGGUCAGGGCUGGGAAUGGUGCCCCAGCGUGAUUUGGCAAUUCUUCUGGUCUUGGGUUGUCGCUCCCGUCGUCCUGUGGAAGUCUCGCAACAUCCACGACACUCAGGGCUGGAGAACGCAGACCAUUUGUUGUGCUAUUUCGAACCUCCAUGCAACCCCGAUGUGGUUGAUCGCGCUCUAUGUUCCAGGCAUGGAGCCAGUCAACAAAUACUGGAUCCCUCCUCAGUGGAUUUGUCUUUCCAUUAUUUUCCUCGAAAUUUUCACCGUCUUUCUCCCUUGCUGGGAGGUGAUGCGCCACCAGUCCCUGCGCCAAGAAACUCUUGAUUCCAUUGCACGAUGGGAGUCGAAGGCGAAGGAUUCAAAGUCUGAAAAUAAGUCACUCAACUCGGAGUCCACAAUGGUCGAAUCUAUGAUGUCUGGCUGGAAAUCUACCAACGAAUCCGUUCAGACCAACGCCUCUCGGGAUAGUAUUCUGACCAUGAGCGCUCUCGAGUACGUUCUUGAGCGCAACCCUACUCCUCUUCAGGAAUUCUCUGCACUGCGCGAGUUUUCUGGUGAGAAUAUUGCCUUCCUAACCAGUGUUGCUGAGUGGAAGAGCUCGUUGCCCGCAGUGAUGCACGACAGCACCGCUCCCCGUGAUGGCAAUUUGAAAGAUUUAGUCCGCCGGAGUUUCAACCAGGCAUUACACAUCUACGCGGAAUUUAUCAGUGUGCGUCACGCGGAGUUUCCCGUCAACAUUUCCUCACAUGAUCUCAAAAACCUUGAGGACAUCUUUGAACGACCUGCUCGCCUCAUUUAUGGUGAAGAACGCGAGGCAGACCCAGUCAGUCCGUUUGACAAAUUCACAUUUGAACCUCCCUCACCCACGUCCUCCGAAAGCUCAGAGAAGCCAAUCAAGAGCUCGAUGAACGAUGCCAUCAAGGAUCGUGUGCUAUACUGGGGAGAGAUUCCCGAGGAAUUCAGUGCCACUGUUUUUGCCGAUGCUGAGGCGAGCAUCAAGUAUCUUGUGCUUACAAAUACAUGGCCCAAGUUCAUUAGAGACCGAAGGACAUCGAUAGACUCCUUCGAGACCCUCAAGGGUGGGAUGGAGAUUGUUUAG